AUGGCAUCUAGUGGUGGAGUAUUUGUAAGUGGAACGACUCCUAAUAAACUUGGGUCGCGUUAUCACAGUUUGAGUGAUCAAUUGUCAAAACGUCUGUUGCAAGAUAAAUUGGAGAAUUCUAUGAAAUAUGAAGUUGACGAUGAGGAAGAAGAUGAUGACUAUAUUGACGGUGAUGAUGACUCUUAUUUGAAUGAAAUAAAAUUACCGACUACUGCAUUUCAUCAGCAACCAGCGACCAGAGUACGUUCUCACGCUCGCAGUCUUAGAGCAAUGGCUAAUCCAAGUGCUGUUUGGGCGCACUUUGAUUUAUGUGUCGAAGAUCCACUUCGGGCUCAAUGCCGUAUUUGUGGAUCUGUUGUUGUACGAGGUGGUGCUAAUCCUCGUCAAUGCGGGACCACUAAUCUUCAUCGGCAUCUUAGGGUUCAUCAUGGUGGCAGGCUUAUAGGCCGACGAUAUCACGUGUUACAAUCUCAUACUCAAGGAUACUUGACAGAGCAAAAGCCAAUGAGAUUACCACCACAGUCUGUGAUUCGUCAACAAGCGAAAAAUACAUCGGCGACAAAUUAUGAAUCGCAACAACAGCAAAACCAAAAGGCUCUUGUUUUUAAGACACUUCCUCUGAAAGUUAAACAACCGAUAUCAUCAUCGGGUUCUGGUAAAACGCAACCAAAAUCACAGCCAACUGUUAAAGUACCUCAUAAUACUACUUUUCCUCAACAACCUACAGAGGUUUGUCUGAGGUGGAAUAGUUACCACAGUAAUAUGCAAAAUAGUUUCCCAUCACUUUUAGACUCCGAAGAAUUUGUCGAUGUAACUCUUGCCUGCGAAGGGCGAUCUCUUAAGUGCCAUAAAAUGAUAUUAUCUUCGUGCAGCGAUUAUCUUGCUGCUUUGUUACGUGAAAAUCCAUGCCAGCAUCCGAUUAUAUUGAUGAAAGAUCUAAAGUUUUGGGAAGUUGAAGCCCUUGUUAAAUUUAUGUAUCGAGGAGAAGUUAAUGUCGCUCAUGACAAGCUUCCUCAAUUACUUAAUGCUGCAGAAGCUCUGCAAGUUAAAGGACUGGCUGGGCCUUGUCCAUCUCAGAAUAAAAAACCACCAAAUCUAUUACCUCAGUCCAAGAAAACACAAUCUACGCCAACACAGGCAUCAAAGCCUACACCCGAAACCAAAGAAUCUAAAACCUCAAAAUCAGCACCCACAUCAACUAGUCCGAAACGCGUGCCAAAACGUCAACAUCCAGACUCUAAAGAUACAAUCAGACCAUUCACUAAAAUCCGUCUGCAAAAAAUGACAACACCUACCUCAUCACUACCAAAAGUUAAACUAGAACCACCUGAUAUUCCUCUAAGUCCAACAGAAAUGUUCUCCGAUAAUAAUGAUGACAGUUCAGCGACAAAUUAUGAGCAUUUAAUGAGCAUGCAUGAAGAUGAUCCUGGAGGAGAUGAACAAAUAGAAAAUACUGAUGGUGAUAUUGAAUUUUGUUCACUGUCUGGACCAUCGGAUCUCAAUGACGGCGACGAAAACAUGGAAUUUGUACCGACAGACUUUUUGGAUCAGGAACAAGAUAUCGUUGAAGAAGUUGAGGGGGAUGAAAGCAAAAGCAGUAAUGAAGAAACAAGUGCCAAGGAGAUUGGUUGUAAAGAUAUUGAUGACGAAAUCGAUGGUAGCGUUGGCAUUAAAAAUAAUGACGAUGAUGCUCAUGAAUGUAAUGAUGAAGUUACGUAG